UGGCGUGAGCUGCGCGAGCGUACCUGGGAGAAGCUGUCCGGGUAAUAUUUGACUGUUACUUCCAAUUAACCUGAGUAGAAAAUAAAAGGGCCUUCUCCCUUUCCCUGCCCUCCAGUCCCGGCGGGGCCGGCGCGAUGGCGGAAGCCGCUGCGGGGAGCACCGGAGAGACGAUGGCGGCGGAAGGCUCAGCCCCGGCGGGCUUGUCUCUGGGCCGGGGCUUCUCGAACUACCGGCCCUUCGAGCCCCAGACAUUGGGCCUCAGCCCAAGCUGGCGACUGACGGGCUUCUCUGGCAUGAAGGGCUGAGGCUGUAAGGUCCCCCAGGAGACUCUGCUCAAACUCCUGGAGGGACUGUCGCAGCCGGCCGUGCGGCCCCCGCUGGCCCCGGCCUUGGUCGGAGGCCUUGAUGAGGCGGCCCAGGAAGCUGGCCUGCAAGCCGGAGCAGGCCCCGGCCCAGCCUUUCCAACCCUAAGCAUUGGGAUGGACUCCUGCGUCAUCCCCCUGAGGCACGGGGGCCUGUCACUGGUGCAGACCACUGACUUCUUCUACCCCCUGGUGGAAGAUCCAUAUAUGAUGGGGCGUAUAGCAUGUGCCAACGUUUUGAGUGAUCUCUACGCCAUGGGCAUCACUGAAUGUGACAACAUGUUAAUGUUACUCAGUGUCAGCCAGAGUAUGAAUGAGGAGGAACGAGAAAAGGUAACGCCACUCAUGGUGAAAGGCUUUCGGGACGCUGCUGAGGAGGGAGGAACUACGGUGACAGGUGGCCAGACAGUGGUGAACCCUUGGAUUAUCAUCGGCGGAGUUGCCACUGUGGUAUGUCAGCCAAAUGAAUUCAUCAUGCCUGACAGUGCGGUUGUGGGGGAUGUGCUGGUGUUAACCAAGCCCUUAGGAACCCAAGUUGCUGUCAAUGCCCAUCAAUGGCUGGAUAAUCCUGAAAGGUGGAAUAAGAUAAAGAUGGUGGUCUCCAGAGAAGAGGUAGAGCUGGCCUAUCAGGAAGCCAUGUUCAAUAUGGCUACCCUAAACAGAACUGCAGCUGGGUUAAUGCACACAUUUAAUGCCCACGCAGCCACAGAUAUCACGGGCUUUGGCAUUUUAGGACACUCUCAGAACCUGGCAAAACAACAAAGAAAUGAAGUGUCCUUUGUCAUCCAUAACCUGCCAAUCAUUGCCAAGAUGGUGGCUAUCAGCAAGGCCAGCGGACGAUAUGGACUCCUUCAAGGAACCUCAGCUGAAACCUCUGGAGGAUUACUGAUUUGUCUGCCAAGAGAACAGGCGGCCCGCUUUUGUUCUGAAAUCAAAUCUUCCAAGUAUGGAGAGGGUCACCAAGCAUGGAUUGUCGGCAUUGUGGAAAAGGGAAACCGAACAGCCCGGAUCAUUGACAAGCCUCGAAUUAUUGAGGUUCUACCUCGUGGGGCCACUGCUGCUGCUGUUGCUCCUGAUAAUUCCAACACCUCUGAGUCUAACUCGUGAAAUGGAAUAAACAGAAGUUGUUGGGGACUUAGAGCCUUUGUACAAAAUCAUGGAGGAGUCCCAAGAGUUGAUUGUAAGAAUUGUCCAAAGAAGGCUGCCUGCAUAGUGGUUCCAGCUACCCUUCUAGGUAAUCAGAUUCUGGUCAUCAAAAGCUGCCUGUCUCUACAUUCCAAGACCAGAAGUAACAUUUUGAACUCUGAUGAGGACAUGUGUUCAUCUCUUGGGAAGGUGAGGAGCAGAAAAAACUUGUUUGCUCUUUCCAAAGCAAGAUGAGGCUGUUCCAGUUUGAGGGAUUUGUCUUUGCACUGGAUUGAUUCAUUUCUGCACAGGGAGUGAGAUUAUUCAGUUUACAUACCUAAAAAGUAAAUUACAAUGGAAAAAAAAUUAGAAGCAAAUGGGUUUGAACCAAUGCUAUUGAUAAAUCUGAAUUAUUAGAAAGAUCCUACAACGAAAUGUCAAAUUCUUUAGUAAACUUCUCUGAGAAAAUGGCUCUUUCCAGCUCUGGACAAGAGUUGAGCAGCUUGUCCAAUGACUGGGAAAGGAGGACCUGCAACCAUCUGACUUGGUCUCUGUUAAUGAUGUCUCUCCCUCUAAACCUCUGUAAGGACUGGGAGAGGCAGAACAAACCCCAGAGCCCAGGCCUUGGUGGUCAUUAAGAUGUUAACUCUUGUGCUGAAAAUUCCUGGUGAUUUAAUUAAUAACAAAGAAUAAUUUUGUGAGUUAAAUAAAAGGGAUUUUGUUGGA